AACAAAUGUAUUGCUCAUUUAUUAUUAUUAAUAUUGUACUUUAAUAUUCUUUUUAAAGGUGGCGCAUCACAUUCAGCAUUAUAAUAUUCCCAGGUCCUUAAACAAACCAAUAAUUGCAAUAUUUCUUUGAUUUCAUUAUAUUAUUAUUAUCAAUAUAUACUAUAUUAUAAUCUGCAUUGACAUUGGCACUACACUUGGCAUUAAGUUUAGAUUAUAGUUAUUAACAUGGACAAAUAUCCUUCUACACGAAAUUAGAAAAGAGGCAUCGGACCCUUCUGUACAAAAAGUGUGAAAAAAAAAGGGUUUUAUAUCUGCAGAGUUGGUAAGAAAAUCAACAUAAAACCAUGACCUGGAAUUCCUUAAAUGAUCUCUGGGUCGCUGGGAUUGUGUGAAUUUCUUUCGUUUGUGUUUAUAUGUGUGUACGUGUUUAUGUGUGUGAAGUGUUAAUCCGCUUUGCAGUCCUGUGCCGUAAUGAAAUCCAUGUUGACGCUGAUUGGAUGAGAGGGACCAGGCCGGAGUCACAUGGGUGAGUUCUUUGGUCCAGAGUUAAAAUGGGGUUUGGUGUAAAUCUAGGGUGUAUUGCUGUCAUAUAUCACACUACCUCGUAAAAACGACACUGAGGAUUCUAGGCCAACAAAUCAGAGAGAAAAAAUAUGAGUUCUUAUUAUGUGGAUGGUCUUCUUAGCAAAUCUGCGGCGGGUAGUUCUCUUUUCCCAAACGUGGAGCGAGCUUCUUGCAGUAUUGGACCCAGUGGAGACGACCAUGGCUCGACACGGACUGCUGCGGCCGUCGUGUUUGCGCCGCCUCUCUCCGGAGUUUAUAGCGUCAAUAAUGUAAUGUGUCAGAGCCACCCCUUGUUUACCUCGGGCUAUGGCCAGGGGCAAGACGCGCACACACUGCAUUGCAGUCCAUUUGACCAGAGCCGCCUGUUCAGCGACAGCUGCUGUCAUCCGGGGCCGGGACCCCUCACCUCGCCGCCGGACAAACAAUACCGGAUGUACCCGUGGAUGCGAGCAUCAGAUCCAAAUCGAAAGCGUGGGCGGCAGACUUACUCCCGGUACCAGACCCUGGAGCUGGAGAAGGAGUUUCACUUCAACCGGUACCUGACCCGCAGGCGGAGGAUCGAGAUAGCCCAUUCCCUCUGCCUCUCAGAGAGACAGAUCAAAAUCUGGUUUCAGAACCGCAGAAUGAAAUGGAAAAAGGAUCACAAGGACGAGUCUGUGUCGAACCCAGGGGGAAAACACGAUGAUACUCAGGCCGUGUCCGAGGCCGUGAAACCGAAUCUGGAGACAUCCGGAACGCCGGCGUAGAGUCAGAAAUGCUGCAAAGUAACGAAAGACACGGACAGAGAAUUAAAUCAAAGACACGCAUUGUUACGUUUAGGAUGUAACGAAUAUGUUUUCGUACACACGUCAGUAUUUAAAAGUAGCUAAACUGCAAGUGUACAUUUCACUUUAAACAGAAAUACAUUAAAUGCUCAUUGUGAAAAGGGAAACAUAACUACCUAUCUAAACUAUCCUGUAUAUUAUUUUUUAUUAAUUGCAAUAGUUGUACUACUGAGUCAACAUUCCUCAAACGAAAAACUACCUAAUAUUUACCUCUAUUAAUCUUUAACCACCGACUUAAUAUAAAUAAUCCCCCCAUUCCAGAGAUUUUAUUUCCUAUUUCCUCCACACAAGGGAACAAACAUAAAACCUUUUUUUUGCGCAUAUGUGCCUUAUUUCCAAUCGGCUAAUUUAUUUUAAGUGAAUGUUUUCAUUAAAUUGUUAAGUAACGGUGACUUUGCUCCUUUACCCGUGUCUUUGAAUUUGAUUCGAUUUUAAAGACUCAUUUCAUCAGUAAGUAUUAAGCUUUUCUGCAUCCCUGUACUGACGGAAAUAUUUCUUUAGUUUGAGAUUAACUGAUGAAACCUACCUCAGAAUAACAGAACGUCAACGUGCUUAUCGUACUGUAAAGAGAAACAGCCUAGUUUAAAUGUUUUGAAAACGUAGCUGUGUACUGUGAGAUGUUGGCAUAGAAUUUCAAGCUAUUAUUUUUUUUAACUGUGCUGUAUUUGUGAAAACCAAAAGGCUAAUAAAUGCAUGCGCUGCCAUUUAGAGAGCUUUUAGGUUUCACUGACUUUUAACAGUGUUAAAAACAGGUUAUUAUUAUAACCCACAAUGUGCAAAUACUGUCAUAAAUCAAAGUACAAUGUGAACAAAGAGCCUAAAUAUAAAUCUCUGGGAAUGGCCACAAUCUGUAAAUGUUCAUAUAACCAUUUAAUAAAAUAGCUUUACUUGUC